UACUUCUAUAUAUUUGAUUCCUUCCUCCCGCUUCAGAAAGUUCAUAUGUCCCACCAUCUCGGUUCGACAGCAACUUAGUUCUGAAGUAAUCACAUCGAACCACCGUCGACGUUUAACCGUCUCAUCUCACUAUAUAUCUAUCACUUGCUCGAUAUCGUCAUAGCAAUAUCAAGUCGACCACUGAUAGAUACACCCUCAACAAUGUCAAUGUACGCCAUGUCGCAACAUCAAUACUCAUAUCCACCCGCGCCGGCGCCGAGACAGUACUCGGCACACGGGACCAGCAGUGCUUUCUCCAGUUCAGCCAACCCUGAUGAGGAUUGGACCAAGAUAUCGGACCUUGCCGAACGCAGGAGGAUACAGAACCGAAUUGCCCAGCGCAACUACCGCAAGAAGCUCAAGAGGCGUCUGGAAGACCUCGAGAGGCGCGCCGGUACCUCGGACGAUGCAUCUUCUCCCACGGGGAGUGACAAGCAGUCGCAGUCCGGUAACACGCGGAAUACCAAGAAGACGAGUUCCUCUAAGGUGCAGAAGCCUACCGCAGCUCCGCAUAAGACCGUACAGCCUCAAUUCACACCUCCGAUGAACCAUGACGACGAUAUAAUAUUUAGCCAGUCGUAUGACGACCGAGAGCGGUCUCACACGCCACCGUUUAUGCCCUACUCGGCAUAUCCUCCUCCCGACGAGAUGGUUCUACCCCCGUAUAACUCGGCUCAGCCUUACCAUCACCCAAUUACAACCGGCGAAGGCUAUCCCAGCUACAUAGCUACGAAUGUUCCCUGCACGCUUCCUCCCAUGACACACUUCAAUGAUGCUAUCAAGAGGGAAGCGACAUAUCCAGAAGAAACCAUGUCUCCGUACAUGAACUACGGCUUCGUACCAGGGAUGAAUGUCCACGACCAAAAUUCGUACGACCACUCCAACCCUCAUACUCCACCGCUUUCACACUCGUACGAACACUCGGCGAACUGUUCAGAGUCCGGUUAUGACUACCCGACAACACCUCUCUCAAUGCCAGGGUCUCCCGGCCUCGGGCAACAUCGCUCAUAGCUCAUAGCUGGCUAGGGUGUUGAGGUAUGAUAGGACACGAAUGCACGGCCGAGAAUAGGGACUUUGGAGGGACGGAUUAUGUUUUAUCUCGGACAUGGCGGGGCGAGAUAUCUUACAUGGAAGACGAAGGGCUCGUCUCCGUG